AUGAGGCGCGCUGGACGCCGGGCGGCCGGGCCGAGCGCCGCCCCCGGAUCCGGGGCCCGCCCAGGACCGGACGCCCCCACCCCCGGGCCCCGGGCCCCGGUGGUGCCCGGGCAGCAUGCCGUCCCCCAGCGAGUCGGGGGCGGGCUGACGCGGCUGGGCCCGGGCCGGCCGUGGGGCCGGGCCCUGCUGGGGCUGGGGGUGGCCCAGCUGGUCCUGGGGGUCCUGGUGGCCGCCGGCAGCCUCCUGGCCGCCUCCUUCACCGCCUCCAACAAGAUGCAGCGCUCCUGCCCGUCCUGGGCCGGCUUCUCGCUGACCCUGUCCGGCCUGGUGGGCAUCGUGUGCUGGAAGCGGCCUCUCACCCUGGUGAUCUCCUUCUUCUCCCUCCUGUCUGUCCUGUGUGUGGUGGUCAGCCUGGCCGGGGCCGUGCUCACCUGUAGGAACGCCCAGCUGGCCCGGGACUUCCACGACUGCCAGCUGCUCAAGGGUGUUUGCGUGUGCUGCCCGCCGCCUCCGCUGCCCCGCGACUGCCUGCCCGGGGGGCAGGCCCUCAGCCUCUACCCCAACCCCAACUGCCCCGGGGCACCCAUGGCCUUCAAGGACCUGCUGUUCAGCGUCUGCGGCCUGACGGCCUGCGCCACCGUCCUCUGCUCCGUCUCGGCCGUGCUCUGCUGCGUCCGGAUCUUCUCCCUGGACCUGGCGCACACGCUGGCCCCGCAGAGGACGGCCUCCACCCCCCCGGGCUGGGUAUCUCCGCCCGCCCCGCUGCUUCACACCGUGCUCGACCUGGAGGAGUUCGUGCCCCCCGUGCCCCCGCCGCCCUACUACCCGCCUGAGUACACCUGCAGCUCCGAGACCGAUGCCCAGAGCAUCACCUACAACGGAUCGAUGGACAGUCCGGUGCCCCUGUACCCGACGGACUGCCCCCCGUCCUACGAGGCCGUCAUGGGGCUGUGUGGCAGCAGCCAGGCGACGCUGUUCGACCCCCACCUGCACACCUCCUGCACCUGUGAGCGGGCCGCCUCCAUCGUGGACGUGUCGAUGGACAGCGGCUCCCUGGCGCUGUCGGGCAUCGGCGACAUCCCGGGGGACUCGAGCCCGUCGGAGGACUCGUGCCUGCUGGAGCUCCAGGGGUCCAUGCGGUCGGUGGACUACGUGCUGUUCCGCUCCAUCCAGCGCAGCCGGGCCGGCUACUGCCUCAGCCUCGACUGCGGGCGGCCCUGCGGGCUCCGGGGCCCCUUCGAGGACCGGCCCGGGCCCCCCGACCCGCCCCGGGCCGCCCGCUCCUUCUCCUGCUCGGCCCCCGGGCCCCCGUCGCCCCCGCCGCCGCCGGCGGGAAGGCCUCCGGCCCCUGCCCACAGUUGCCACCGCCUGGAGGCCUGGCCGGGGCCCUGCUUCCCCGAGCUGCGCCGCCGAGGGCCCCGCGGGCCCGGGGCGGGUGGUGGGCCCGGGCCCCGGGGUGCCCCCCGCCGCUUCAGCGACAGCUCGGGCUCCCUCACGCCGCCCGCCCGCUCGCCCCGAGCCCCUCACACCCCCGUCGACGACGCCGACGCCGACGCCGACGCCUCCGCGCCGCCCGCCGCCCCGCUGCCCCGGGCCCGCAGCGACCCCGGAAUCGCCCGCCCGCACCCACAAGCUGACUUCAGGGACUGUUAUACCAAAGUGCUGGACGAAGAGUCGGCCUCCGUCUCCUCUGCGGACACAGGGCUCUGCUCGGACGCCUGCCUCUUCCGCCUGGGCCGCUGCCCCUCUCCGCGGCUGCUCCGCGCCCGCUCGGCCGAGAAGCGCCGCCCGCCGCCGCCGCCGCCACUGCCCGCCUGGCACAAAGGAGCCCCGGCCCCUCCGGACGCCCCGGCCCCCGCGGGCCCCGCGCCCGCCCACUCGCUGGGCGACCUGAAGGGAGGACGGCCUGGUCGCGGCCUGGUGGCGCGGUUCCUCCACGUGUCCCGGCGGCGGCUGGAGCCCGACGCGCCCAAGCAGGUACCCCCGAGCCCGUGGGCCCGGCCGAGCCACGAGGAGCUGCACCUGCGGAGCUGCGGAGACCUGAGCUCCGGCUCUUCCCUGCGCCGGCUCCUCUCUGCCCGGAGGCUGGACCGCUCCAACCGCCCCCGCAGCCUCAACGGGGGCAGCCGGGAGAGCGGCCUGUGACGCCCCCCCAACCCUGAGGGGACGGGGAUGGGGGCGGAGGACCCCCCCUCCCUUCCCCCCGCACCCCCUCUCACGACCCCCUGAAUGCCCCCACUCUCCCCGUCCCCUCCUCUCUGCUCUUGGCCCUUCGCUCAUCCGCUGCAUGGGACUAAGGAGGGGGCCCGGGGACGGGCCCGCUUUGAAGCCGACCCUCCUCCCCCCCCCGCCCAUCAAGAAGGAGGUUGGAGGGAUGGGGAGGACCAAUAAACUCUCUUUAAUAAACUAAUAAAUUAAUAAACCAAUAAAC